CCACAGGCUGAGACUAGAGUCCAGGCUGUUUGGGUGAAGGGGCCUGGCGGCCGGACGUGGCCUGCAGAGUCUGGGCUGUGCACACAUUCACACAAAAGAGGCCGGGAAGUGACAGGAGGAAGCUGUGCGUCACAAGGGACUGAGCGGGACCCUGCCGCGCCUGCCCAGCUCCAGGACAGACCCCAACUCUUGCCUUCAGCGCUCUGCGGAGCCAGCCAGCUCCACCCGGCUUCCAAUGAGACUCCUCCUGCUUCUAGUGGGUCUCUCCACUUUGCUGAAUCACUCCUACACACAAAACUGCAAGACACCGUGUCUCCCAAAUGCCAAGUGUGAGGUGUUGGACGAAGUGGCAGCCUGCUUCUGCAGUACAGGCUACACUGGGAAUGGCAUCACGAUUUGUGAAGAUGUAGACGAGUGCAACGAGACCUCCGUCUGCGGUGAUCACGCUGUGUGUGAAAACACGAAUGGAGGAUUUAGCUGCUUCUGCGUGGAAGGUUAUCAGACCUCCACCGGGAAGACGCAGUUCACGCCUAAUGAUGGCUCUUACUGCCAAGAUGUAGACGAGUGCAACGAGACCUCCGUCUGCGGUGAUCACGCUGUGUGUGAAAACACGAACGGAGGAUUUAGCUGCUUCUGCGUGGAAGGUUAUCAGACCUCCACCGGGAAGACGCAGUUCACGCCUAAUGAUGGCUCUUACUGCCAAGAAAUUGUGAAUUCAAAUUGCCACUUAGAGCAUGACUGCAUUGCUGCAAACAUUAAUAAAACUCUAAAAAGAAUUGGACCCAUAACAGAACAGCUGACUUUACUCCAUGAAAUCUACAAGAAUUCUGAGGCUGAGCUUUCUCUGGUGGAUAUAGUCACAUACAUAGAGAUACUAACAGAAUCAUCCUCACUACAAGGCUACAUAAAGAACACCACUUCGCCCAAGGAUGCCUACUUCGGUUCAGCUCUUACUGAAUUUGGAAAAACCGUCAAUAAUUUUGUUGAAAAGAACACACAUGAAAUGUGGGACCAGUUACCUACAAAUCGUAGAAGACUCCAUCUCACAAAACUGAUGCACGCUGCUGAGCACGUCACCUUACAGAUCUCUCAGAACAUCCAGAAGAAUACUCAGUUUGACAUGAAUUCUACCGACUUGGCUCUCAAGGUUUUCGUUUUUGAUUCAGUUCACAUGAAGCAUACUCAUCCCCAUAUGAAUGUGGACGGAGGCUAUGUAAAAAUAUCCCCGAGGAGAAAAUCUGCAUAUGACCCAAAUGGCAACGUCAUUGUUGCAUUCCUGUGCUAUAGGAGCAUUGGCCCCUUGCUUUCCUCAUCUGACGACUUCUUACUGGGCGCUCAGAGUGACAAUUCCAAAGGAAAGGAGAAGGUCAUUUCUUCAGUGAUUUCUGCCUCAAUUAGCUCAAACCCACCCACACUGUAUGAACUUGAAAAAAUUACAUUUACACUGAGUCAUGUAAAGCUCUCAGAUAAGCACCAGACACAGUGCGCCUUUUGGAACUACUCAGUCGAUGACAUGAACAAUGGCAGCUGGUCAUCUGAGGGCUGUGAGCUGACAUACUCCAACGACACCCAUACUUCCUGCCGAUGUAGUCAUCUGACACACUUUGCGAUUUUGAUGUCCCCCAGUACCUCCAUUGAAGUUAAAGAUUACAAUAUCCUGACGAGGAUCACUCAGCUGGGAAUAAUCAUCUCCCUGAUCUGCCUCGCCAUAUGCAUUUUCACCUUCUGGUUCUUCAGUGAGAUUCAAAGCACCAGGACCACAAUCCACAAGAAUCUCUGCUGCAGCCUCUUUCUUGCACAACUAGUUUUUCUUGUCGGCAUCAACAUAAACACAAACAAGCUGGUCUGCUCUAUCAUCGCUGGCCUGCUCCAUUACUUCUUCUUAGCUGCCUUUGCCUGGAUGUGCAUUGAAGGCAUCUACCUAUACCUCAUCGUUGUUGGGCUCAUCUAUAACAAGGGGUUUUUACACAAGAACUUCUAUAUCUUUGGCUAUCUUAGCCCGGCUGUAGUUGUUGGAUUCUCGGCCUCUUUGGGAUACAGAUAUUAUGGUACCACCAAAGUAUGUUGGUUGAGCACUGAAAACAACUUUAUCUGGAGCUUCAUAGGGCCAGCGUGUCUAAUCAUUCUUGUUAAUCUCUUGGCUUUUGGAGUUAUCAUAUACAAAGUGUUCCGCCACACUGCUGGACUGAAGCCAGAAGUUAGUUGCUACGAGAACAUAAGGUCUUGCGCCAGAGGAGCCCUGGCCCUCCUCUUCCUUCUGGGUACCACCUGGACCUUUGGGGUUCUCCACGUAGUGCAUGCAUCUGUUGUGACAGCCUACCUCUUCACAGUCAGCAACGCUUUCCAAGGGAUGUUUAUUUUCUUAUUCCUAUGUGUUUUAUCUAGAAAGAUUCAAGAAGAAUAUUACAGAUUGUUCAAAAAUGUCCCCUGCUGUUUUGAAUGUUUAAGAUAAACAACGAGAAGACACAAUAAUUAUAGCUGAAAUGAAAUGGAAAUUCCAAGAUUUCGGAUAGCCUGUGUGACAAAAAUGAGCCUGCCUUCAUUGUUAGUAAUUAAUUUCAAAUUCGCUUUUCUGUUCGCAGUAUAAAAGAUGUAGUUAAUGUGAGAUAAAAUUAUGGGCCAGAGAGCUCCGGUGUGUUUUCCUACAUGACAUAGUUAGAUAUGUCAAAAAUAGUACUGCAGAUAUUUGGAAAGUAAUUGGUUUCUCUGGAGUGAUAUCACUGUGCCCAAGGAAAGAUUUCUUUCUAACACAAGAAAUAGAUGAAUGUCCUCAAGGAAGCGACUGGCUUGAUAUCUUUGUGACUCAUGUUGCCUUUCAAACGAGUCCCCUACCACCAUAGUAAUGAGUUCCUUUGCAGAAAGGAGAGUAUAAGAAACUUGGAGGGGCAGAAUAUGAAGCAAUGGAGAAGCCUUCUCUGACAAGGAAUUGUCAUUCCAAUAAAAUUGGCUUUCUCCAAAAUUGAAGAGGAAAAAAUUUUCAGGCUAAAAUAACGAAAAAGGAAAUGCAUCCUAGCACUUUGGGAAUUGGUCUGAACUUAAAAGGCCCAGACCUAAAUUUACUACAUCCAUGUUCUUCCUUACUGUUCUAAACCAAAGAAAAACCUUAAAAUUUACAGAUACAUGGAUGAGUGUUCUCACAUAACAUCAUAUUUGAAUGUCAAUUUUUUUCAUUCCUCACAGAUUAAGACUUCAGCAACAUAUUUGGUAAAACAUAAAUUUGUCAAACUAUAAGACUGUUCAUAUCUUUAGUGAAAAAAUAGAAUGUGAAGUAUUUUGUCUAUAAUAUUUUACUGUUAUGAAAAUAAUCUUUUCAUAUUAGAGCAGUAUACUUGAAUACUUUACUGUUUUUAAUCUUACAAAUAGUGUGAUUCAUGUUGCAACCAGCCCUUUUAAUUGACUGUAUUUAAAAGGGCAUUAUAAAUUUAAACUAUUGAUGAAGUAAAUUAUAAUGGUUUUCUGAUCAGAAAAUACAUACUUAAAGCAUUAUUUAUAACAAAUAAAAAGUCACUGAGCACUGCAGGGGUUUCACAGUGGAUCUGAUAUUUUUAGACCGUUUCCUAUCACCUAUCAGUCUAUUUGCUUAAAUGUACAGCUCUACCAAUUCUCUUACUCAAAGGAAGAGGCAGUAUUUUUCUCAGAAGUGAGUCAUUGUUCUGUACCUUCCUGGAGACAUGAUUCGAUCCAUUGAACAUUGUGGUUUUAAUUCUUGUGCUGUUGAAUGAAGCCUGACAAGACACCUCCUAAAAAAUGAAAUGUCAGCUGGAUGAAGCAGCCCUGCUACUGCCUGACUGAGUUGUUCUCUCAGGAAAGACCACUCACCUGCCAAGAAGCACGUUGCAUCUCUACAGAUCUCAGGGUUUCUCCCAUGCCAAGUCUGUAGCCCACGAGCAUCAUUGUCAUUCUAAGAUGGGACUGUAGAAAUAGGAUAUCAAAACCUAAUCCGUUCAAUCAAUGGAUAAGAAACUAUCACAUGUAGUAGACAGAAUAACCCUUCUCAAAUAUUCAUACACUCCUCUUCACAAGCUGUGGCCGUGGUGGAUAGUGAGGAGCAGGAGGUCCUGUCAGGAGGAAGAGUAGCUGAGGUCCACUCAGUUGGAGAAGGCUCUCACUGUGCUGGGGGAAGUCAGCAUGCUGACGAUGUUACUUUAGUUUGGGUCUCUUGUUUUGGACAUCUCAUUUCUAGAGCUGUAAAGACAAUAAAAUUCUAUUAUCAAAGCCA